AUGCGUAACCUGCGCAACAUCAGCCAUGGCGUGUUUCGAGCCUAUACUACACCCUCACCGUUGUCAUCUUUUUCAGCAUUGUGUUGGGAUGUCUCGCGUGACGAGCUGAUCGUUGCAUGCGGGCCGACAGCAGAGGAUCAGAGGAUUGAGUUGUUACGGAUCGGGAGGAAUGUAAGAGGGACUUCGCCGGCGUUGUUGCAUUCCCGCCCCAUCGCCUCUUGGGACUACCCCACCCAAAGCCCUAAUGGAGAACCAGACUCUAUCUGUGACAUGCACUUCUUCCCCGACACGCUUACCACAGUCCUGAUCCUCUCCUCAGGUGACAUCAUCUCCGUUGUUGAAGAUGAUGACAGCGCGACUGGCCUUGCCUUCUCCUCCCCUCCCCACGCUGAAGGCACAGCCCAUGUCGAAAUAGUCGGCACCCUUACCCCCUCCAUCUCUGCGGCGCGCUGGUCCCCAGAUGAGGAACUCCUCGUCUUGGUGACAGGGGAUGGCAAGGUUGUGUUUAUGUCUCGCAAUUUUGACGUUAUCACGGAGACUGUAUGCACGGAAGAGGAUCUGAAGCUGUCGAAGCAUGUGUCUGUUGGGUGGGGGAAGAAGGAGACGCAGUUUCAGGGACGGGGUGCCAAGGCAAGACAGCUCAGGGACCCGACGAUCCCGGAGAAGGUUGAUGAGGGGAAGAGGAGUGAGAAAGAUGAUGGGAGGUGCAGUAUUAGUUGGAGGGGGGAUGGUGCAUAUGUGGCGGUGAAUUUCCUCAUGGAGGGAGUAAGGAGAGUGGUGAGGGUGUAUACCCGGGAGGGCGAGCUGGAUAGUGUGAGUGAGCCUGUGGAUGGACUCGAGGGGAGUCUGAGUUGGCGGCCGGAGGGGAAUCUCAUCGCGGGAAUUCAGCGCCUACCCGGCCAGGUUGACGUUGUGUUUUUUGAGAGGAAUGGGCUCCGGCAUGGGCAGUUUACGCUGCGCGCGCCCCAAGACGGGCUGGGUGCGAUGGAUAAUAUUGCGUUGGAGUGGAAUGCUGACUCAACGGUGUUGGCAGUGAUUUUAAGGGAUCGGGUACAGUUGUGGACGAUGGGGAAUUAUCAUUAUUAUUUGAAACAGGAGGUUUUAUGUGGGGAUCCGAGGUCGGGAAAUCUGAGACCGUUGUUUGCCUGGCAUGCGGAGAAGGCUUUGCUGUGGGCAGCUUCGACUCCUGGCAAGGUCCUGAUCAACGAAUACGCCUUCGCCAUUGCUCGCGGCCCAACCAGCGCCCCUCAUGACCAAGGUGCGGUGGCUGUCAUUGACGGCCGCACUAUCAAGUUCACGCCCUUCCGUACUGCCAACGUCCCUCCCCCGAUGGCCUUCUGCGAGGUUGAGGUCGAGACGCCUGCUAUCGAUGUGGCUUUCUCCACAGACUGCUCCAAGAUGGCUGUCUUGCAUCGGGGAGGUGUCAGUCUCUUCGCCUUCGAGGCUAAUGGGCCUCGGCUGCCGGCCCCGAAGUUAGUGUGUACCGUGAUGUUUGAGAAGUCCACUGAGCAGCAAUACGAGGAACCUCUGCUGCAGAUCGGCUUCUCCCGACCAACAGAGGUCGCGGUACUCCAAAUGGCAGAUGACCUCGAGCUUCUAAGCCAUGAUUUCUCCGCCGUCGAAGGCAAACCCUGGCGCAAAACGGACGCGAGCUCCAUCGGCACCAUCACAACCCCCAGCUCGGGCGAGAUCGACGGUGUUGUAGCCCAGCACGUGUCCGGCCGACUAAGCUGCAUUGCUGGUGGGGAGCACUCCUUCGUCUCAGUCGAGUUCCCCACAUUCUUACCCUGGGCGAACUACAUCGUCUUAAACGGGGAGGUCGUCGCGUUUGGGCUGUCCAGGAAUGGGCAUCUGUAUGCCAAUACUCGGCAGCUGGCGAAGAACUGCACCUCGUUUGCGGUGACGGAAGACCAUUUGAUAUUUACGACAAGCAAUCACUACGUGAAGUUUGUGCAUUUGACUGCUGUGGAUGCUCUCGAUGUCCCGCCGGAUGACCCCGAGAAGGAUGAGCGCUGCCGGAGUAUUGAGCGCGGAGGCAGGUUGGUUACUGCUAUUCCGACCAGGAUGAGUCUGGUCCUGCAGAUGCCUCGUGGUAAUCUCGAGACUAUUUACCCUCGCGCAAUGGUCCUUGCUGGCAUCAGGCAGCGGAUCGAGCAGAAAAACUACGCUUCGGCCUUUGCGACUUGCCGGACCCAGCGCGUGGAUAUGAACAUUCUGUUUGAUCACAGGCCCGAGCAGUUCUUCGAGAAUGUGGGUUUGUUCUUGGAGCAGGUUAAGGACCCGGCAAAUAUUGAUUUGUUUUUGUCAUCGCUGAAGGAUGAGGAUGUCACGCAGACUAUCUACAGGGACACCAAGUCUGGGACGCCACAGACCGACGUUAAGACUGCCCAGAGGCCUGGGAAGAUCAAUACCAUCUGCGAUGCUGUCCUAAAGGCUCUGAAAACGCAGAAGAAGUCCAACCUGCAGAACAUCAUCACAGCUCACGUGUGCAAGCACCCUCCUGCUCUCGACGACGGACUGCUAGUCGUCGCCGAGCUCAUGAGGGAGGACGAAGAACUUGCCGAGCGUGCAGUCGAGCACAUCUGCUUCCUGGCCGACGUCAACCGGCUCUACGACCACGCCCUGGGUCUCUACAACCUGGAACUUACCCUCUUAGUUGCCCAACAAUCCCAGAUGGAUCCACGCGAGUACCUCCCCUUCAUCCAGAACCUCCACAAGAUGCCCGAGCUCAAGCGCAAGUUCACAAUCGACGACAAGCUCGAGCGCUAUGAGCGCGCCCUCGACCAUCUUAAGGCCCUCAACAACUUCGAGGACGUCAAAAAGUACGUCGUCAAGCACAAGCUCUACCACCACGCCCUAACCAUCUAUCGCCACGAUGAGCCCCACCACCGCGCCAUCACCGGCCUCUUCGCCGCCUACCUCAAGUCCCAAUCGCAAUUUAAGGAAGCCGGCCUGGCAUACGAAUCCCUAGGCAACUUUGUCGACGCAACAGAAUGCUACCUAAAAGCCGGAGUCUCUUGCUGGCGGGAAUGUCUCUUCGCCGCGCAGCAACAAGACCCCCCUAUUAGCCAGGAAAAACUCGCCGAAAUAGCCACCUCCCUCGCAGAUGCCCUCCGUGAAGCAAAAGACUAUUCUGCCGCAGCCACCAUCCACCUAGACUACCUUACUUCCCUCGACACCGCGAUCCCUCUGCUCUGCAAAGGCUACCACUUCGCCGACGCCCUCCGUCUCAUCACACUGCACAACCGUCGGGAUCUGCUCGCAUCUGCCAUCGAUCCCGGCCUGGCAGACGCUUUCUCCUCUAGCACCGAGUUCUUGGCUGAUUGCCGUUCUCAGUUACGCGCCCAAGUUCCACGCAUUCUAGAGUUGCGCCGCAAGGCAAAGGAAGACCCCCUCUCUUUCUACGAAGGUGACCUUUCCAAAGCGGGCGCCGACAUACCAGACGACAUCUCCGUCGCCGCAUCGCGAGUCAGCACCAGCGCGAGCCUCUUCACGCGUUACACCGGCAAGGGCGCCCCGGGGACCGUUGCAGGCUCGCAGGCAUCCUCCCGCGCAACAAGCCGGAAUCGUCGUAGAGAAGAGAAAAAGCGUGCUCGAGGCAGAAAAGGGACUAUCUAUGAAGAAGAAUACCUCGUCAACAGCGUACGCAGACUCGUUGAGCGCGUGGAGCAGAGCAAGCCCGAAAUAGAGAGGCUUGUGUGGGCGCUUGUGAGGAGGGGGAUGCAGGAGCAGGCGAGGGCGAUGGAGGAAGGGUUGGCGCAGUUGUUGGCGGGGUGUGAGAAGGCUGUUGGGGAGGUCUGGCCUGUCAAAGAGGGGCAGGGACAGACACAGGAGCAGAGGGAUGGAGAGCAGGAGAUGAUGGGGUGGAGGCCCGGGGGAGCGGAAGGGGUGUUGUAUGAUAGUAUGGAGGCGUUGAGGAAAGAUCAGAGGCCGCCUUCUGUGGGGGGGGUUAAGAGGCUGGUGUUGUUGGGGAAGGAGGGCAAGGUGUGA